AUGGACAUGGCUUUUUCCCAUCUUUCGUGGUGGUUGUCGGGUAGAAAACAUGGAAAACAAAUAUCAAAAGUUUAUUCUGUCAUAAGAGACUUGGAUGUUUUGAGAUUUCCGGAGGAAAUCGUGCCUUCCUCUCCAAGAAAGUUGAAGCGUAGGGAAGAGGGGAAAGUUGAUAAGGAAUGUGAAUUUGUUAUCGUCCCGUCUGACGGAGGAUACAUUUCUGACGUUGAAUCCGUUGAUUCUGAUUGGUCGAUUGGCUGGAUGGAGCCUCAUGGAACCGGAUUCUCUCGUGAUAACGAUGAAAGUCAUGAAUCAGAUCACAGUUUCGCUGUGCUUGUUCCUUGUUAUGGAAGCAACUAUGGCGCCAUGUUGGAAGAGGGUCCUAAAAACAACUUAUUAAACAAUGUUGGAAACUUCUCGGAUGAGAGCAAGAAAUAUGUGGAAAAUUGGAUAUCUUCACUUCCUAAUAGCUGA